AUGGACCUGUGUUUUCCCUUCAGCGACUCAAUACAUUUUUCCAAUGACGCUGGUCCCCGUCGUCUCACCAGCUCCCAGAAAAGGGCUAAUCAAUGGCGCAGAUGGUCUGAAGAUGUAAUUCCACGCAUGAUAGUGCCCUAUCUAUCAUACCUUCAAGAGACUGUAUCGCUACGUCAUGCCAACAUGCCAGCAAUACGUCAUCAGACUGAUGGAGAGUGCAGAACUGGGUGCAAAACUGCUUUCGAGGAAAUCACCAUCAUUGCCUGCCCUUGUUCGCCUACCCCGCUUCAGCUUCUUCGUUGCGGGUUUUUUCCAUGCGCGCCCGUGGCACCCUCCCUGGCGGUCGACUUACGACUUCUUGAGUUUGUCCGCCUUCAUUUUCUUCAUCAGUCCCCCAACCAAACGGCGUGGUGUGAUGCGCUGGAGACAUUUCUGGACGGAAUGCAAUAUAAGUUGAGGCUGAAGAAUAGCUUACGGCGUCACUUCAGCAAUGCGUUCCACUGGUACCAGGUUUUGAUUGUAUUGGCUCAGGACUACAUCUCUAUGCUCGUCGUUGGUUCCCGGAAAGAUGAUGCUCGCGUGGACCAACCUAGUGAUUAUCUCCGCUCGCGGUGCCCACUCUGUUUUGGAGGGAAUGAUUGGCGAAAUGGAGCAAGAGAUUCUCUUCCUAUGCCAGAUGUUAUUGUUUGCAUUGACGCAUGCUUUACACAGAAACGCUCUGCAAAUCCUCGCGGUGCUACUGGCAGUGAUCCUCCUAACCCGACACCAUCUUUCUUUCUACCGAUGGACGAUGUGAAAGCAAUGGAAGAUUUUGUUGAAAGGGCGGAACCUGAUGAAGAUAGCUAUGAGGAGGGCAUGCGCAUACCAGUAUCUGUCUUGAAUGGAUGUGGUGACUCCUUCAUUGCUGCAGAUGAAAAGCGGGAGAAGGCAAGUACUCGUUUCUUUACCGAUACUGGCCUCAUGGCACUGGUUUGUAGACAUGACCGUAUGACCAUCGGGCUUUUGUACGAUAUCGGAUGCCAGCUCAAACAGAGCUGUCGCAAGUGGAAUUUCCUGGACGAUUCUACUCUAUCUCACAUUGCAUUUGCUGUUGCUGCGUGUCAGAUCGGAUUUGGCUUGUCUGAUGGUGAAGGAUGCGAACGAUUAUGGAGUUUCCUCAAGCCUCUCAUCCCUUCCCUGCGUGUAUCAGGGGUAUACUCGAAAUCUUUGCAAGGAUUUGGACACUGGCUCCAUCGGCGUUGGAUCCACUGUCAAUCAAAGAAGAAUGAUGCGCUGGACCGUUUACAUGCAUUGGAGUUGGACGAGAAUAUGCUCCGUGUAGAGUGGAAGGCCCAGGUUGAUCACCAGACGCGACCCACACCACGACAAUCUAGAAAUAAGGUAGUGGAGGUGAUUACCAUUAUCCUAGCACUAGAGAAGACGCUACAAACUCAGGAAGCCUCCAUACGCGAACUCGAGAUGCAACUCCAUGCUGUCCGUGUCUCUAAUAUUGGGGAACUCAAUCUGCAGCUUGUAGAUGCUCGGUCCCGGUAUAAAAAAACCGCUGACACUCUCCGACGUCAUCGAGCAGCACUUGGAACGGAAGACAAGGUCAACCUGGAGAAGAUGAAGAAGGAUAUACCUUACACUGAGCGUAAACUUCAUGCGAAUACGCAACACUCAAUCGAACGCCGAGAGCCUGGCAUCCUCAAAUUAAUUACUACCUACAAUGGUUUGUGCUCACAACUACGGUCUCUUAUUCAACAGCGGCGAGCACCCCCUUCUGCUGUUCCCCCUCAUAUCAUCCCGCGUGAUGGCAUCUUUCAGCUCGACAUUGAUGACGACAUCUGGCAAGAUGUUGGGCUAGAUGAUGACCCUCUGAACCCUCCAGCAUGGCUAUCGGAUGACAAGGUCAGGAAUGGUAUCCGGUUGCAACUUGAAGCUGACCGGGCCGUCCUUCAAGAAUGGAUGUUAGCAGAGUGGGACAGUACGCAAACUGCCUUGAAUAAAGCAGUCGCAGAUCCAGUGAUGUCUUUCCACCUUGGGUCUCGCGCAGAUGAACUUGUCAACAUCUGCGUCAUCUGGAGGAAAAAGGUUCAGUGUAUUCCGUGCGUGUGGCCUAUGAUUGCGAGUUGGGGACCCUCAGACGAGGCUUUGGUUCAAGCCGCUUUUAGUCAGGCACGAUCAUCGUUUUGGGAUGAGGAUGAUGAUGACGAGAGUUUGGAAGGAGAUAGAGAGGGUGAUGGAGAGAGUGACCUGGAGUAUGGCGAAAUUGAAGAUGAGGAACUGAUGGAUGCUAUUGAGGAGAUUGCAUUGGCAGAUGCAUAUAGGUAUGACCAGAAUAAGGAGCUCGUGGAUGACCUGGAUGACUUGGAUGACAUUGAUAAUGACUUCAUGCCUUCUUCCCCUAUAAAAUCGUUACACAAGCGGCGCAACAUGUAG